AUGGGAACAAGUGGUGAAGAUGACGAUGAAGAUUACUUGAAUGACGAAGUCAGAUCAGAAUCUAGUGAAGAUUCUAUUCUAGUCAUUGAUGAGAACAGAUUAAAUUCAGAUGAGGAAGGUCUAGAAUUGCUCAAUGUACUGGAUAGUGCUGCUGAUGAUAAUAAUGAAGGACAUAUCAUCCCUGAGACCAUCGAUUUGGAAAGUGAAAUAAGGGAACAACAAGUCGUCGAAGUUCCUGAAGAAGUACUUCUACAAGAUAUUGACGAAAAUGAAAUUGAUGAUUCUGGUGAAACCUUGGAAUACAGAAAGAAACGUAGGCUGUCUCCUCCAGAGAUCAAACCCGCUACUGAUUACAGAUGUCCAAUCUGUUUUGACCCUCCAGAGACGGCUAUGAUAGCUCCUUGUGGCCAUAUAUAUUGUAACCGAUGUCUAUUCCCAAUGGUAAAUAGCUCAAGGGUGGGCAAGAAACAGGGUGUAUGUGCUUUGUGUAGAAAAGGUAUUAGUUUCAGAGAUGUCAGAUUGGUUAUCCUCAAAAAGAAAAGGGUUAAAAGAAAGAAAUAG